AUGGCCUCUGACCUAGACUUCUCACCUCUGGAGGUGCCCGAGCCCACUUUCCUGGAGAACCUGCUAUGGUACGGACUCUUCCUGGGAGCCAUCUUCCAGCUCAUCUGUCUGCUGGCCAUCAUCAUACCCAUUCCCAAGUCCCACGAGGUAGAGGCUGAACCGUCUGAGCUCAGAAGUGCUGAGGUGACGCGGAAGCCCAAGGCUACUGUUCCUUCUGUGAACAAGAGGCCCAAGAAAGAGACCAAGAAGAAGCGGUAG